AAGUGUCAUCCGAGUUUAGGCAGCGACGAUAUGAAGUAUCUCGAGGUAACAACGCUUCUCUCGGUUCUGGCCGUGGUGUUUUUACGCGGGGCGCACGGUUGGGAUGCGCCGCCGUUUUGUCAUAGCUAUGAUUGUCCUGAGUUCACGGUCGUUAAUAAAUAUGAAGACUUUGAGGAACGUGCGUACCAAGUGAGCCGCUGGAUAACCGUCGACAGUCUGGGUGUCUCUGACCACGACGUGAAGGCUGGAUUCACGAAACUGUGGGACUACACCCAGUGGGACAAUCAAGCAGGUGAACAUGUCAAUACUCAUACCUGGCCUGCACUUAUUUCUACGACUGAGGUAGAGGAUGGUGGAGAGAAGCAUGCAUCGCUCUCUUUCUAUGUGGCUCCAGAAGAUACAGUCCUCCCCACUCCCAAUGAUGCCUCAAUCAGGAACGAGACUAUGCCUGCCUGCACCAUAUAUGUCAGGAUUUUCAGUGGUUUUCCGUCACAGUACAACUUCCAGGAAAAUUUGAAGAAGCUACGUGAUGCCCUGACACAGGCUGGGAAAGCCUUUGACUCCCACCGGUUCAUUGCGGCAGGGUAUGAAGGCCCGUGGACUCUGAUUGGCCGACACAAUGAGGUCUGGAUCCACGCCGCCUGAGGAAGGCAGAUGAAACUAAUAAACACAGAGAUUUAAAAUGGUGGCAUAUAGUGUGCGCCAUUUGGAAUGUUCAAUUAGUACACUAUGAAAGUUGAUAUGUCAACUACAAAAUGUAAUUGGUGUAUUGCCUUAAACUAAAUGAUUUGCUACCUCAGAAUACUGUAGCUACUUUUAUCUCAUCCAACCAUCCAACCAUGGCAAUUUCUAAAUUGGUUGAGAGACUUCUAGUAUACAUGUGAAGCCAUUACUGUGUCCGAUAGAAGAACAUACUAGAGUUUCUUCACUUUGGGGGAGUGGCUUUCCAUAGUCUUUACUAGCUAAAUAUAUUUUUGGGCACCCGUUCUUUUAAAAUUAUAAUCUUUCAACCAUCUACCUGUCGUAAGUCAAACAGAUGAGUUUUAGUAAAAUAUUGAUUCAGUAUUGUAAUCUACAAACACAAGUUGCAGUUUUUUUAAACAUCGAUCCCUAGCAUUUUAUCAACAAUCUUUAUUUACACUAUAAAUGAUUUGUUCUAUAAAUGAUUUUGUCUUUCUACUGCCACUUAUAUACCUAGUCUCUUGUAAAAUAUAUUUUGCAAUCUCAAUGGCCUGCUCCUGGGUAAAUAAAGUUCAGAUGAGAACGAUAACAACAUGCUGUAUAAGAAAGUGAAGUUAGUCCACAGUCUCAGGUUAAUUCUCUGCCAGAGUGAUUAGAAAGCRACUGGUUUUAGGAAUGUUGUGCAGCAAGUAACCUCAAAAGUACCUAGCCACAUUCUCAGAAUAUCAUUCUCAAUUUCCRCAAGAGAUCAUCACAGUAAAGACACAUGAGAAGCUGACAUAUUCUAUAAUCUCAGAGUAGUGAUUCUUACAGAUAGAUGUACUUUUGUACCCACAAAUUGCUUUACUUAUAUAUUAAUGUAAAUCAAUAAAAAUAUAAAUAUAACCAG